ACAACCUCGGCAGAACAAUCAAUGGCGGCUUGACCAGGGCAAGCACAGGAAAAUUCUCCUCUUGAAUUGGGCAGCCAAGGAAUCCCGUCCCUGAUGGCUUCUUCGAGUCUCACGUCCCCGGUGGCUUCUCCAAGAAGUGGUCCGGGGAACCAGGAUGCUCCCGAUGAUUCUCAGUCAUCAAAACAACGCACAUUUACAUGCUCUCGUCAAGGCCACCGGCAAGAAGAUAAAAGAGAGGACACAUUCAGUUACAGUAGGCCUGAAACACGAUGUGGUUGUAAUGCUCAUAUGAAGAUAAGCCUUAAAAAUGGUUUUUAUUAUGUGUAUGAAUUCGAGGCAUCACAUAACCACACUCUUGCUCAAGGAAUCAUGGCCCAGUACUUGAGAUCCCAGAGAAAAGUAACAGAAGCACAUAUAGCAAAUGCCGAGGUUGCAAAGUCAGUAGGCAUUUCAAAUAAAGCAACAUUCGAUUUGAUGGCCAAGGAAGCAUGUGGAAGUGAAAACCUUGGCUUUAUACGUGAAGAUUUGAAAAAUCGUUUAUACUCAAAGAGAACAAUAAAAGCAAAGCAUGGUGACACAGGGGGAGUAUUAGAGUACAUGGAGAAGAAGGUCUCAGAAGAUGUCAACUUCUUCUAUUCAAUUCAAGUUGAUGAAGAUGAGUUGAUAACUAAUAUUUUUUGGACUGACUCGAAAAUGGUAUCAGACUACGCAUUAUUCGGCGAUGUUAUAUGCUUUGACACCACAUACAGGAAACUAGAUGAUGGACGCCCAUUUGGUUUGAUUGUUGGGGUGAAUAAUCAUCAAAAAACUGUUGUCUUUGGCACCGCACUUCUCUAUGAUGAAACUGCUGCAAGUUUUGCUUGGCUUUUCAGAACUUUCCUAAAAGUUAUGUCUGGGAAACAUCCACGUACAAUUCUCACCGAUGAAGAUGCAGCAAUGGCAAAGGCAAUCCGUAAAGUGUUCCCUCAUUCUCACCAUAGACUUUGCGUCUGGCAUAUGAAUCAAAAUGCUUGCAAGCAUCUCGCUGGAGUUGUUGAUGAAUAUAAGAAAUUCAAUGUUGAUUUUCAACAUUGUAUAUAUGAUAUAGAAGAGGAAGAUGAAUUUGUAAGUGCAUGGAAUAAAAUGAUUGACAAGUAUGGACUAGGUGACAAUGCAUGGUUGCAAAGGCUAUUUGAGAAGAAAGAACAGUGGGCACUAGUAUAUGGUAAAAAUACGUUCUCUGCCCACAUGAGCACUACCCAACGAAGUGAAAGCAUGAACAAUGAACUAAAGAGGUACAUUAGUGUUAAAUAUGACAUGCUUACUUUCUUUGAGCAUUUUGAACGGCUAGUUUCAGAUAAAAGAUGUGAAGAGGUGAAGUAUGACUUUAAAGCAACACAAACUACUCCAAAGUUGAAGGCUGAAUCAAGCCAUAUGCUAACACAAGCUGCAGCUACAUAUACUCCAGUAAUAUUCAAGAUGUUUCAAGAUCAAGUGCUUCGGACUCUGAACUACGACACAUUGCUUUGUGAUGAAAGUGACACAGAGUUGAGGAUUUAUAUAGUAAAAUUUCAUGGCACACAACGGGAGCAUGUUGUUAGAUUCAUUCCAAAAGAAGAAAAGGUUAGUUGCAGCUGCAAAAGGUUCGAGUUUUCUGGAAUCCUUUGCUCUCAUUGCUUAAAGGUACUUGAUAUUAAUAAUAUCAAACAUAUCCCUGGAGAAUAUAUCUUAAAAAGAUGGACAAUUGAUGCCAAAGUUCUAGAUAUAACAAGCAAAUGCAACCCGCAUGAGAACCUAAAAGCAAGAAUGUCCAAUCGCUACAAGGAACUAUGCAGAAUGUUCUUGAAAAUAGCUGCUCGUGCCGCUGAGUCAGAAGACUCAUACAAUAAGGCUGCUAAAUUUGCAGAGCAAUUAGCACAAGAUGUGGAGAAAUGCUUGAAGAUUAGAGUUGAUCCAGAUUUGGGAGACUCAUGUACUAAAGAAGGAGUGAACAUCCCCUGUAGCAGAAUUUCAAAACACAAUGAUGGGCUUCCAAAGCCAAAAGGUAUGAAGGUCAAGGAGAAGACUGUCAAAGGAUCAAAAAGGCCCGUUGGUGGAUUUGAGAAAGCAACUUCAAAGAAGAAAAGGAACACAGAUGAUAUUGCACAACUAGAGCCUCAUGGCACCUCAAAGGCCCCUUCGGAGAAAGCAACUUCAAAGAAGAAAAAGAACAAAAAAGAUAUUGUACAACUACAACCUCAUGGCCUCUCAACGGGUCAUCCGUCAUACCACAUGUCCACCUAUUUACAGCAGCAGAACUCUGCUCAGCCAACACCUAUCCUAAAUGCUACAAUGCAGCCAUCAGCUGGUCCGAGCUUCCCGAUGCAACCACAAACCCAAGCACCGCACAACACUCCAGUGUCCCUUUCUUCUUCCUCUCUGAGUACCAAAUUGAUGGCGCUGAUGCUGAUUCUCGAUGUCCUUCCCCUCUAUACUCGGCCCCUCCUCCACAAGCCCGAGCACCUGUCAAGGACACGCCAAUCUCUUGCGUGGCCGUCCCACAUGCUCCCGCUAGGCUCCGCAUCUCGGAUCAGCGAGCACGGCGCCGCGGAGGAUCCCGUCCCCACCGAACUGCUGUGCGACUAG